AUGCUCUCGAUAUUAGGCCUCGCAGCGCUCUGGACACUCACUGUACACGAAGGUGUAGACGCUCGCUGUCGAUCCCAACCUGGCGACUCUCGCUUCCCGAAAGCUCAAGCUUGGGCAGAUCUAAACUCCACAGUUGACGGUCGAUUGCUGGCGGUGGUACCCUCUGCGAAAGCAUGCGCAGACAUGGGCUGCACACCUGCUCAGUGGUCCAGCGCCGUGUUCAGGAACACUCUUCCAGGACAGAUGAACACGUAUAAUUGGGAACAGAACUACACAUCGAAACCCGCCGAACUUUGCUUAUACAACGACACUAGCUCGUGCUCGCAGGGUGAUGUUCCUCUCUACGCAAUCAACGCCACGAAGCCAGAGCAUCUGCAGGCAGGCGUCCUGUUCGCUUCCCAGUACGACCUUCGUGUUGCUGUCAAGUCCUCGGGGCAUGAUUACCUUGGCCGGUCGACGGCUCGCAACUCCCUCCUUUUGUGGACGCAAUACUUGCAAGACGUCGAGUUCACUGACUCCUUCAUGGUCGGCGGCCAGGAUAAGGGUAGCGCUGUGACCAUUGGUAGUGGCGUGGGACUGAAGACCAUCUACGCCGCUACGAAGGAGGUCGGCAAGAUGGUUGUUGGCGGCACAGCUGCCACUGUAAGCGCCGGAGGAGGUUACACUCAAGGCGCUGGCCAUUCCGCCUUCAGUCCUAUCUACGGUCUAGCCGCUGACAAUACUCUGCAAUACGAGAUUGUCCUUGCCAACGGGUCAUUCGUCACCGCCAAUGAGGUUUUAAACUCGGAUCUGUUCUGGGCUCUUCGUGGCGGUGGUGCUGGUAGCUGGGGUGUCAUCACCUCCGCCACCAUGCAAACACACAGUAUAUUCAAUGCAACCGCACACAGGGCAAACAUUCUCUUCAGCAGUACGAGCCAAGCCGCUGCGGCCAUGACUGUCCAUGCGCAACACAUCUUCGACUAUGACGAGCUCCGGGCAGGCCAAUACUUCUACGUGUAUAACAUCGGCGGAGGCGAGAGUCUGCUCCAGGUUAGCACUCUCUUCGCCAAUGUCUCCGGCGACGAUGCGCAAGCGGCUCUCGCACCUUUCCUUGCGGACGUCCAGGCGGUUGGCGCAACGCUCGUCAACGAGACGGUGGUGACUGCUCUGGUCAACGAUAUCGUCGGCGCAGCCGAUGAUAGCGCCGGCUACAGCGGCGUGCUGGGAUCGCGGCUGAUGCCAGCGGCUCAGUAUGAGCAAAAUCCCUCCGUGAUUGGCGCCGCCUACAAGACCUUACUCGAUCAAGGAGUUGCAGGCGUACUUGGUCAUCUCGUUGCUGGCGGCAAAGUCUUGGAGAACGCGGACAUCAGCUCGGCCAUCACGCCCAAAUGGCGCACCGCGAAGACCCAUGUGAUCGCCGCUAUGAAUUGGAACGACACCACGUCUCCCAGUGAUGUCGUGGAGUUGCAAGAGCGCUUCUUUGCGCAGAACGUCCCCGUUCUCGCUGCGGCUACCGGAGAGGGCGACAGCGGUUCGUACUCCAACGAGGCGAACGUUCUGGAACCCGACUUCAAGACCACAUUUUACGGUCCCAACUACGACCGCCUAUCUGCUAUCAAGGCGCAGUACGACCCGGAGGACUUGUUCAUCGUGCGCGCGGGAGUUGGUAGUGAGCGUUGGGACAUCUCUGGCAUGUGCACUCUGUAG